UCAGUUUGUUUUUCUUUUUGUUUUCGAAGUUUAUGACGCAGAAUUCUUUGGUUAGAUUAUUGUGUUAGGUGUUAACUUACUUUGCAUAAAAUGUCGGAAAAACCCUUCCCGAACGAAAUAAUUUUGAGCUUCUUUGACACUCUUAUCUAUCGACGCGAUGUUGAUCUACUGGAUGGAAAGCACUGGAUCAACGACGUGAUUAUUGGUUUCUAUAAUGAAUAUUUGGAAAAGUACGUUUAUUCUGAAAAUCGUGCGGAUAUAUGUUUCGUCCAUCCCGAUGUGGUCUUCGCCUGUUCAGUCAGCACGGAUGCCGCUGCCAGUGAUAUAACCAAAGAUCUCCGUCUUGCUGAGAAAUCCUACGUCUUUCUACCGUUGAACAAUAACGAGCAUGUGGAUGCUGCAGGAGGGACCCACUGGAGCCUGUUGGUGUAUAAUCGAUUGGAGAAUACCUUCUUUUAUUUGGACUCCUGGAUGGGACACAGUAUGAAAACUGCCAAAGAAGUUGCGGCCAUUAUGGAGAAGGCGCUUGGUAUUUUGGAACGGCCGAAAUUCCAAUAUUUGGAUGUUCCCCAACAGGCAAAUGGCUUUGAUUGCGGAAUGUAUGUGAUUUGCUUCUCCGAGGCGCUGGCGGCCAGUUAUAUAAAGGGAACGCCGCAACAGUUGGAGCACAUAACCCCCUCUUUCGUCGCGGAGAAACGGAAAAAAAUCCGCGAUCUGAUUUGGCAUUUGAGAGACAUUUUUUAACGAUAAGGUAUUGAUUCCACGAACAAAUCAAAUCCAAGUUGAUUGGACAUCAACGUUUGGAACCGAACACUUCCUUUUCUAGACGCAACAAUGGAAUUUCUACAAAUACGGCUAAAAUGGUCGCCAGUAGAUGGGAUAUGAAGAGCAUUGAGAGGUACAAAUAGGCAAAAUUGAUCCCGUUAUAGUAGAAGGGAUCACGCUGGCUGAUCAGAAAGUAUUGGACUACCAAGGGAUGGAACAUGUACACGGCGAAUGUCAAGCGACUCAAUGGCUUGAAAAUAUUCCAGCUCAAGAUGGACCUGCGCAACAAAAUUGUUAAACAAAUAAAUUCUGGUGAAUUUUUCAGUUUGUAUAAUAGUAAAGCUGCAUACUUGAUCGGUCCAGAACUUCCGUACCGGCAUGCCACUAGCACCCACCCAACCGCCAGAGAAUAACCCAGUCGACUCAGUGUUUGAUAGGUUUCUCGCUCGGUGUACGUUGCCCCGUUUGGCCAGCUGUAGGACUGAUAUAGCCCGAACACGGUAAACAGUCCCGUCAAGCACGAGAGGAUCCAAACGAAGCUAACCCCGGCGAAACGCAGUUUUGGUCGGACACAGUGCCAUUCCGCUUUCUGUGCAAAUAAGAAUCCGAUCAGAAUUCCCAGGAGAUAGGGUGUGGCACGGGUAUAUGGUUUCGAGUUGACAUAGUCGUGGUUAGGGUCGUACGUUUCAUUGUGGUAAAUAGGUCUAAAUUAAAUGAAACAGGUUGCAAUGUAGCCUGUGUAGGUAUCUGGAGAACUGGGAAGCUAGUGCAGAUUACUGUUCAUUAACGGUCACCGGCAAUCCCCAGUGUCCGGCAAUCAGUCCAUUCGCCACGACGCAACCAGCAAUCAGAAUCAUCGUGGCUGCCGUACCGAUUUUGGGCAAGCUGAAAUUUUUACACAGUUCAACACACACCAGCCAAACUUAAAGGAUACCUAUCACCUACCUCUUACAGCAAGGAUACCUAUCUCUUACCUAUCAGGCUAUCACCUAUCUCUUACAGCGAAACGCCUAAUUUAUACAGUGUUAUUACAGUGCAAAACUUACUUAAACGUAUAGCUGUAUAUAACGAUAAGCUGUAUACUGUACUGCAGAGCGUAUAAUAUGUAUUUUUACAGAGCUUGUAAUGUUAUAUGUAUGAUAUUAAUGACAGGUAUGCAAUAAGUAAAUUAGUUUAUACAUUACGACUACAUAAAUGACGCAAGCCAGAUUUUUCGUACCGGUAAAGGACGUAAACGAUAACUGGCGUGAUAAGAAACAACUGCAUGUCCACCGCGAUAAACCAUGUCCAGUCCAUGCAGAGGUACAGGGUGUUGGUCGGGAUGAAAUUGUUGACGUACAAGACAUUUGCCCACCAGUUCUGCUUGCAGAAAUCAAUUGGAUUACCACCGGAAUCUUGACCCGCUAUGAUCGGAAACGGUCCUGAUACAAGCUGCGGCACAACGAAGAUACAGAUAACCAACAGGAACACGUAGAGUGGAGUCAACCUGCAGUGUAGAAAACAUGUGUCAAGCUUUACCGUUUAAGGUUGAUAAGCCAAAUUUUGACUUAAUGAUUGGAAACAGUAAAUUAAUAAAAAGUUGCCGAUGGUACACGACCAAGCUAGACUGACCUCCACCAUCGCCGCAAAUAAAUCCAAAUCC